UGAAAGGGCAUUUAUCUAUAGGUUUUUGUAUGUUUGUGUAAUUACGCGCUCUUUUUAAAAUCGUGCAAUUUGAGAUGUGGCUCACAUUAUUACACAUUUGAUCGUCGAAUCGAGUGCUCGUUAAAUUUCCACCGUUAACUCGCUGCUACCUCUCGUUUACAAUACGAUCGCGUUUCAAUCUCGGAUUACACUAUGUUUCCAUAUACAUGUUUACAACAGACUCGUUUCUCUCUCAUCUCUAUUAAAUAUAGAUAUUUUUGUAUAUCUUUAUUUCAAAUAAUAGGCAUUUUCCAACAUUUACACGGAUCAGCUAUCUUCUUUUUUUUUUUAAAUUCGAAUCUCGUCUGAAUUAUCAUUAAAUUGUCGCUGCUCGAGUGAACAGCGAUAAUGCGAGAAUUCAAUUUUGGCUCGAUUUCUUGGAACCAAUUUGAUUUCGCGCGCGCGCGUAUAUAAGGAGCAAAUAUCUCGGAUAGUAUCUAUAGAUACUGCUUUAAUGCCGCGGGAUAUAAAUAAAAGACUUUUCAUAUCGAUUUCUGGAUUCUUGCACAUUCUUUACUACGCGUCGCGAGCCAGUGUAAAUUAUUCUGAUAAUGGCUAUUGCAUGCGGUCGACGAUCCUCUCUCUUAAUGGGCUUGCCAGGACAUAAGAUCCGCUCGAGGCCAGACGGCGCCAGUUUCUCGGCUCCUUGCCAUUACCAGCAGCAUGUAUUUCACUAUCUUGCUAUGCGCAUGCAUAUUUCCAAACAGUUCGAUAUCGCAGACGAGAAGUUGGAAUAGAAGUUGAAACUCGAUAAAAGUGUGAGGGAGAAGUGAUGCGUGUAAAAAUUGAAUACAGUAAAAAUCCUUAGAAUAAAGCAAAUAGCGCAUCGAUGCAUUUCAUACCUAUUUUGCAUAUUAGAAACACUGCGAAUAUAUUACGAAUUACAAACUCUUUUCUAUAUUUUUCUAACAAAGGACACGCAAGACAACAGACUUUAUUCAGAAAUAAUAUCGUUAAUGGCAGGGAAAAGGUAUACAAAAGCACAAACGUGUGUUACCUGACAUAAAUUUCGCUGAGAACGAUGAUUAAUGUCUUUGCAAGAAAAACAUAAUCAUUCGUGUUUGCGAUCGUCCUAAUCUAUGAUUGACUUAUUUUGGAGUCAUUCGAUCGGAGUUGCGUCCUUGGUCGAAUAUCGUUCUCCUUGCUAGCGGCCCAUAUUUUUAUCGACGGAACUGUCUAUUUUUAGGAACAUACAACAAAAUAUCGACACCGCGCCAAGGUUUUGUCAAUGAGGUUUUCUCGACGCAAGUCGAACGAACGUGAUCUUAUCAAGAAUGUGACGCGAAGUAUCGCUGCGCUUUAUAUAACUUGCCUUGAAUGCCAUUUAUCGUACGUGCCUCUCCGCAAUCAAUUCUUUAAUAAAUUACGAAGAUUUUUGAUUGUUCUUACUAAAGAGAAUAAUUCCAAAUUCAUUGAAAAAUUUUUAAGUAUCGUAAAUUCGAGUUGCCGUUCAAUUUUUGUUGGGAGCACGUUUCCUCAACGAAAUCUCGCGCGUAACUUUCUUACUGGCUACUGCGUCGGACUUACAAUAGCCAGCUGAGCUGAAUGCUACACGUAGACCAUUUUCCGGGUCAACGGCCCAACUGCAUAUGACGCACGUCAGGCAGAAAGGCAAAGCUGAAUGAGGCUGAUGGAACCGUUGGGUGUCGCCCAGGACAUUGUGGAGCCGGCUGCGCUGAAACGAUGGGCCGAUUAUCCCAUCCAGCAUCGAUUCACGGACUACUCCGAAUCGGUCAGAGAAACGGCGCAUCACGCUAUAAGCCCUUUCCCUUAUCAACCGUCACUUAACAACAAGCUCGCGCUAUGGACUGGAGACAUCUCAAUAUUGCAAGUGGAUGCAGUAGUGAAUCCUACCAACGAGACGAUGGAUGAUAAUAGUCCAAUGUGCCAAAAAAUAUUUAGCCGAGCUGGUUCUGCACUCAAAAUAGAAAUAUAUAAUGAAGUGAAAGAAUGCAGAACUGGCGAAGUAAGAGUAACACAGGGUCACGGAUUACCUGCUCGUUUUAUUAUUCAUACUGUUGGACCAGUUUAUAACGUCAAGUAUCAAACAGCUGCGCAAAAUACAUUACAUUGUUGCUAUAGAAAUGUCUUGCAAAAAGCAAGAGAACUAGGGCUGCGUACCAUUGCUUUGCCAGUAAUAAAUUCGGUACGGAGAAAUUAUCCUCCAGAUGCAGGAGCGCACAUAGCUCUCAGAACUGUACGUAGAUUUAUGGAGCAAUAUAGUGAUUCAUUAACAUGUAUUAUAUUUGUACUGGAACCGUGCGACCUCGGGAUAUACGAAGUCCUUCUGCCGCUUUACUUUCCCCGAAAUUUGGCAGAGCAGGAUAACGCUUGCUGGCAGUUGCCGAAUGACAUUGGUGGUAUGGAUGGGGAACCUUUACUCCCAGACAGACAAAUCAGAAUUAUUGACAAUCCUCAGCAUGCGUUACACGGUGACGAGACGGUGGAACUUUCGGCACAAUUAGAGACAUCGGUGAAUAUCGGCGAGCAUGCUUUUGCACAAAUGCAAGGUGAUUUGGACCGCCAGAGACUCUUGGGAGAGAGGCCUCCUGCCGAUCCACUGGCGGAUAUCAUGCUCAAGCAAAUGCAGCAAAAAGAAAGGUACGAAAGGCUCCUCAGGAGGGCGAAGACAGAGGAUCUCACCGAAGUCUCGGGGAUCGGUUGUCUGUAUCAGAGCGGCAUCGAUCGACAGGGUCGACCUGUGGUCGUCUUCGUCGGCAAAUGGUUUCCAGCCUCCAAAAUCAAUCUAGAUAAGGCUUUGCUGUACCUGAUACAGUUGUUGGAUCCCAUCGUGAAGGGUGAUUACGUUAUCGCAUAUUUCCACACCCUUACGGCCAGCAGCAAUUACCCCAGUUUACACUGGCUGCGCGAAGUCUACAACGUGCUUCCCUACAAGUAUAAGAAGAAUCUGAAACAUUUCUACAUUAUCCAUCCUACCUUCUGGACCAAGAUGAUGACGUGGUGGUUCACGACCUUCAUGGCCCCGGCCAUUAAACAAAAAGUUCACAACUUGCCCGGAGUGGAAUAUCUUUACGAAGUUAUGCCGCCUGACCAACUUGAGAUUCCAGCGUACAUCACGGAAUACGACAUGACGAUAAAUGGCCUUAGGUAUUAUCAGCCGGACCAGGUCGCGUCAUCGCCGUCAACGUCCACGUAACUCGCACGUGAAAAUCGAAACGCAAGCAGCGAAGCGUCAAGACCGAGGCCAGAUCAAGUGUUUCGUGCAUUCGUACGGCUGACUAUCCGUAUUCUUACAGUGGCAUCCGCGCGCCGCUCAAGCGCGAGAGCCGUGCGCGUGCAAUUCGUGAUCGUCGGCGCAUACCGCCGGUUAUCGGCGAUGAUAAGGCGAAAAGCACGAUGCUGCCUGGACACGAUAAUCCGUAUCUUCGAUAAAGUAGCCCGGCUCCGCAAUACCUCGAAGUCGAUUUGUCCAAGUGCCUCGUGAUGGACCGUGUUCGAGCAGGGAGAGAAAAAAAGGACGAGAGGACGAUCGGCCGCGCGAAAGAAUGUCGAUGCGAGAAUAUUAAUAGAAAAAAAACGUAAAAAAAAUCAAGAAACCACUGCCCGCCUGCUUUUGACGUUUUGAUCGGUUCUUUCCGCUCGCGUGCACGCUUACGCGAGCCUCACGUUCCCGAAAGUAUGAGGGUGAAAAAUUUGGUGCUGGACAAUCCGCGUUUAAGAUAAGGCGAUCGAGAAAGCCUGGACACAACCCGUGCGUAUCCGUUGGAAGUGCACUGCUGGACAGCGUAUAUUCAUUAUUUCAGUAAUAUAGCUAACGAAUUACUAAUUCGCUUAGAGCGAACAUCGGCUGCCAAAAACAUCAAUAAUCAGUAUUUUCGUCGUCGUCGUCGCACGCAAGAAACGAAAUCCGAAGCUGAAACCUCUAUUAAUCUCGCCCUUGUACAUAUUACGCUACUCGUGGCAGAUUCUUAGCGUAGUACUGCCUGUGAAAGCGGUAGGAGAGGAGACAAAGGGGGAAUAUGUCCGACGACGCUCUAUAGAAUUAUAAACGUCGGCUUAAAUACAGACCGUCGAUCGCUUUCUGUUAUUUUCGUAUAUCAAUCGUUAUACAGCGAAGAGUGUCUAUUUGAUUAUUGUAUAUUGUCAAUAUUUUAUCAAGUCACAUCGUUGAUAUAGAGAUCGCGUUGUGCUGCCGUCGUCGCCGCCACCGCCGCCGCCGCUGCUGCUACAUAGCCGCGGUAUUUUUCGAUAUAACUAGGAAUAAAUCGUCGGCUACAAAUACAGGAGAGCGGUUGGAUGUUUUACUGUGAUGUCAUGUUUUCGGCACUCAGCAGAUUCGAUUGAUUUUAAAGAUGUAUCUGUCAUCUCUUGCGGAGAGAGGAAACGAGAGAGACACUUUCGACGCGGGGCGACGAGCGCGUCCGCGAAAGUGUUAUCGUUGAGCGCCGAAAUCGUACGUACGGGACAGUCGUAGAUUAGAAGAAGCAAUAAACUUUAAGAGCUUGCUCGCGAUGUAUUUCGGGAGGCAAAAUCGUUAUCCCCGUUGUUAAGCAUUUUUAGCGAUUAAAGAAAUAAAUUAAAGAAGUUAAAACCUGUUAAACGCGUCGAUUAGCCCAUUUCUCACGCCCGCCAAAUCACGAAUCUACUUCGAUCAAGUAAUAUUAGCGCCCUUCCCUCUUCCGCUCUUCUUUGAUCUUUCGUCGAUUAGUUUGCGGCACGAGGAAACGAUGUCGUGCAUUAAUCAACCGCGGACGAGCUGAGAAGGCAAUGGGUUAAUUGACCAUGCUACCUCCGCCAAAAAAAAAAAAAAAAAAAAAAAGAAUAGGAUCGUCCGUAUGAUCGAACGCAUAAGUGUUUAUACGCAUUGAGAGAUUUAGGUAGUUGUGGAAUUCGAAAGAUGCUACUCGUAACCGUCGUCGUUGAUUGCGUUCGGAAAACGCAACGAUUCGGACAAUUGUUGCGUUUUCUUGAACGCAGUCAUUGUUCGCGAAGGAUGAAUAGAACUUUUUCGUCUUACUGUACCUACAUAAACCUGUUUUGCAAAAAACUUUCAAUGCUGUUCGCGCUACGAAUAGUCGGAAAAGGGAAAUCUCGUACUAUUCGGAGGGGCCAAUGGUAUCACACAGUGACGCAAAUAGAAUAUUUUUCACUUUUACGUUCGGCGACCUCACUGUCCGUCCCUGACAAUCGAGUUUAAUGAGUAGUGAAGGAUUUCAAAGGUGCAACAUCGUUCAGAGAUCGUUGUUAUUUAUAUAUCUUAUAUUAGUCGUUAUCGUUCUGUUAUCGUUCGAACUUAUUAAAUCAAGAUUCGGCAAUUCUUAUGUGAUACGAUUCAAUUUUUGAAUAAAUUUUGAAAUUGCAGAGGAGAGACUUAUUUUUAAUAUGGACAAUUGUUUGUUUGUGAUCUCGACGGUGUACUAUUACUUUUAGUAAGCAUGUAUACGAUAAACGGAAUUUAAUUAAUUGACGAGAGCGAUGAUACGAUUAAGGUUUUUUGACGGCGAUAUAUUAUGUUGGUAUAUAUUAUCAUAUAUAUAUAUAUAUAUUUAUAUGUUAAACAAUUGACAAUUGAGUCUAUGCUUAUGUCGACAAGUACUUACUCGAAAAUCGAGAGAAAAUCCUUGUAAUAUACAUAUAUAUAAUUUUUUAAGGUCCUAAUCUAGUCAAAUAUCGUAUAUCUGCCAUGCAGAAAAAUAUGUUUUCUUGUGAACGAAUAUGCAUCACAUUCGUAAAAAAUAUCGCUAACAUCUACUUCAUCGCGAUAUCUUUUUUUUAUGAACUCUAGCUUUAAGAUUUUUUCUAAUUACAUUCCCGCAAAACAUUAAUCACAUACUUUUAUUUCAGCAUCUGUGAUUAUAAUGACCAGAAAACGUGUGAAUAUGCAAUUAGAAAAGUUUUUCUCCCACUAGGCUAUAAUCGUGUAAUUCUGCUGAAGUGAUAAUAUCCACAUGGAUCGUUUGUGCCGAAACCAACUAGACUAGGACCUUAACAGUGAAUUAGUCAAUCAGCUAAUAGUAUCGUCAUGAGAUACAUGAAUGUAUGUACGAAAUGAGAGUAUGACAUCUCGUCUUGGCAUCACGAAUCGAAGCGUGCUAUUUCCAUGAUAAAUGAAUAGUUUCCGCAAUAAGAUAUUUUAUUCUUCAAUAUUUUAAUGUAAUAAAAUGAGGUGCAGUAAUCGGCAAGUUAAAGCUUAGCAUUUACGUACGAAAAAUGGUUGUUAUUGCUUUUUCGGAUACAUUGCUAUAUUUAAAAAAAUAUUUUUUAACAAAGCCAGAUAACAAAGUUCGUAAUAUGAAAUUAAAACUUGUAUUAAUCUCAUCUAAACGUUUAAUUUUUCGAAUAAUGUGACACAAGACUUUUAUAUCUAAAUGUCAUGGAAGUUCAUAUUACUACGUACGUAUUGUUUAUCGUAUCGUUGGCAUUGAUUGCUCACUUAAUGUCAUAUAAAAGUAUGUAAACGAUAAAAGUAAUUAUGGAAGAGACGCUUCGCAAUCGUGCACGCUAUUACGACUUAGAAAGUGAGAAAUGCUCUGUUCAAAAUACUAAUUAAAUAUAUCUGGAAUUGUUUCAGGCCAAAGAAAAGCGCUGAAACAAAAAUGAACCUUGUAAUUAUUAAUUAUGCUAAACUUAGUUAUUUCUUUUACAUAGCAUUUAGCGAUACAUCAUAGUUACGGUUGUGUUAUGAAUAUCGUACGAUCUAAGAGGUAAUUUGGUUUACUAACACGGUUCUAUAGUUUGUACUUAAGAAUAGAUUGUUACUGAACAAACUUUGCGCGAACAUCAUUUAUCGUUUAUUGUUUUCAAUAGAUGUCAGCGCAUGACCUUUUAACAGGUGCACUUCUUUCGUUGUAUCAUUUUUUAUAGAAUAUAAAACGUAUUAUUUCAAUAAAAUCUCUACGAUCUUA